AUGGAGUGUGAGGGGGAGGUGGAGGUGUACUUCAUGCAGGACUGGAGGAGAGUUCUGCUGGACUCCUGGACUCACAGCUCCAUCAGGCUGGUUGGUUCUGGGGGAGACUGUGCAGGAAGGCUGGAGGUUUUCCACAGCGGCUCAUGGGGGACAGUGAGUGAUGAAUUGUGGGAUAUUAAGGAUGCGCAGGUGGUGUGUAGACAGCUGCAGUGUGGAGUGGCCCUCAGUGCUCUGGUACCAGCCCGGUUUGGAACUGGACCCAUAUGGCUGAAUGAGGUGGAGUGUGAGGGGAACGAGACGUCACUGUGGAACUGCAGAUUUCAGCUGUGUGGAGUGGAUGAAUGUGGACACAAAGAUGAUGUAGGAGUCAUGUGCUCAGAGUUUAAAGAGAUCAGACUCACUGAGGGCUGUGAGGGGAAUCUGGAAGUGUUCUAUAAUGGAACCUGGGGUAAUGUGUGUACAAAUGAUAUGGAUGAAGAAACAGUGAGUCUGAUCUGUCGGGAGCUGACCUGUGGAAGAUCUGGCAGUUUGAGCCAAACCAAAGCAAGAGUGGAAUCAGCUCCUAACUGGCUGGAUAAUCUGAAAUGUAGAAAACAUGACUCCACUCUGUGGCAGUGUCCAUCUUCACCCUGGGGACAGAACAAUUGUUAUAAUCAGGAUGAGGUGGCUCACAUUACCUGCUCAGGUAGGCAGUUUCUCUCUGUAGUUGAGAUUACCAUUGAUCACCUGCCUCUCAGGCUGAGAGGAGGAGAGGGAAUCUGCUCUGGGAGGCUGGAGGUGUAUCACAAUGCCGAGUGGGGCUCCGUCUGUGAUAAUCAGUGGGACAUCAGAGAUGCUCAGGUGGUCUGCAGGCAGCUCGGCUGUGGGCCAGCGCUGAGUGCUGAUGGGAGUGCUGUCUUUGGUGCUGCUGGUCAAACAGAGAAUGAAGCAGUUACUCCUCCACAAACUCCACCAGCUGUUCCAUCCAUCUAUCCAGUGUCUCUCCUGGUUCUGGGAGUGCUGCUCUUCCUAGCUUUAGUUCUUCUGGUUGUGCUGUUUUACCAGAACAGAGUGCUCAGGAGAGUGCUCUCUAAGAGGAAGCAUAAGACUCUGACUGAGGCAAUAUACGAAGAGAUUGAUCACAGAAUCAUCGCUAAGAGAAUGACUAAAAGGGGAAGUAUCCUCUCUGAAGAACAGCAUUCAGGAAAUGAGGAUGUGGAUGAGGAGCUUCUCUCAG